GGAGGUUCAGUCAAGGACAGGAAGAGCCACUGAGGAUGAGACCAGUCACCUGCCUCUGAAAAGGGGAAUCCCUCCAACCUCAAACUCCAGUACCAGGUGGUUUCCUCCCUUUGCCGGGGGACUGGUGGAGACAGAGCCCAGAAGUAACAUGGCUUCUGAUCUAGAAAGUAGCCUCACUUCCAUAGACUGGCUUCCCCAGCUGACCCUCCGAGCUACCAUUGAGAAGCUUGGGAGUGCCUCCCAGGCUGGAACUCCAGGGGGCAGCCGCAAGUGUUCCCCAGGCUCACCCACAGAUCCUAAUGCCACCCUGAGCAAAGAUGAGGCAGCAGUCCACCAAGAUGGCAAACCCCGAUACAGCUAUGCUACACUCAUCACCUAUGCCAUCAACUCCUCUCCAGCCAAGAAGAUGACCCUAAGUGAGAUUUACCGUUGGAUCUGUGAUAACUUCCCUUAUUACAAGAAUGCUGGCAUUGGUUGGAAGAAUUCCAUUCGGCACAACCUCUCUCUCAACAAGUGUUUCCGGAAGGUGCCUAGACCUCGGGAUGACCCUGGGAAGGGCUCUUAUUGGACAAUAGAUACCUGCCCUGACAUUUCCCGAAAGAGAAGACACCCUCCAGAUGAUGAUCUCUCCCAAGACUCACCAGAACAGGAAGCAAGCAAGAGCCCACGGGGAGGUGUUCCAGGGAGUGGAGAAGCCUCCCUGCCUCCUGAGGGGAAUCCUCAGAUGUCACUUCAGAGCCCCACAUCUAUGGCCAGCUAUAGCCAGGGAACAGGGUCUGUGGAUGGUGGAGCAGUGGCAUCAGGGGCUCCAAGCCGAGAAAGCUCUGAGGGUCCCCCUCCCCUCUAUAACACCAACCAUGACUUCAAAUUCUCCUACUCAGAGAUCAACUUUCAGGAUCUAAGCUGGUCCUUCCGCAACCUCUAUAAAUCCAUGCUGGAGAAGUCCUCUUCUUCUUCGCAGCAUGGCUUUUCGUCUCUCCUGGGGGACAUGCCACCUUCUAACAACUACUACAUGUAUCAGCAGCAACAGCCGCCGCCAACUCAACAACAGCAGCAGCAGCCACCGCAGCCACAGCCACCUCCUCAACAGUCACAGCCGCAGUCGCAGCAGGCACCAGCCCAGGGCCCCUCAACUGUGGGGGGUGCCCCUCCACUGAAUACCCCAAGCCCUGAUGGUUGUACCCCACCAGGGGCAAAGCAAACUGGGCCUGAAAGCUAUGGGCCUCCCCCUGUGAUGGCCAUGCAUCCUCCCACACUGCAGCAUGGGGGCUACCAUCCUCAUCAGCACCAUCCCCACCCCCACCCUGCCCAGCAGCAGCCACCACCACAACAGCAGGCACAAGGCCAGGCACCUAUCAACAGUACUGGCUUUGCCUUUCCUCCUGAUUGGUGCUCCAAUAUUGACUCCUUAAAGGAAAGCUUUAAGAUGGUGAAUCGGCUUAACUGGUCCAGCAUUGAACAGUCCCAGUUCUCAGAACUCAUGGAGAGUCUACGACAGGCAGAGCAAAAGAACUGGACCCUUGACCAGCAUCACAUUGCCAAUCUGUGUGACUCCCUCAACCACUUUCUAACUCAGACUGGUCACAUGCCUCCUCAAGGGGGCUCCCACCGGCCACCAGCCCCUGCUCGGAUUACUGACUCCUGUGCCCUCACCAGUGGCAAACAGGAGACAGCCAUGAACCAAGGUAUUGUACAAAUGAACUCCUAUGGACAUCCACAAGGCCCCCACCUCUACCCUGGUCCAUCACCAAUGUACCCAAUCCCUACCCAGGACUCAGCAGGAUAUAAUCGCCCAGCACACCAUAUGGUCCCUCGGCCACCGGUCCCACCUCCUGGUGCCAGUGAGGAGAUCCCUGAUGACUUCGACUGGGACUUGAUCACUUAAUAGAGUGGACAUCAGCCCCGGGUCUGGUGGUUAAGUCUGGCCAUGAAGAAAGAGCAACCCCAGCCCGUCCCUUCUCCUGCUUGUAUAUAGAUAUAUAUCCACUUUUUGUUCUUUCUGUCAGAGAAGCCACUGCAAGAUGCUGCCGAAGAUAAUUCCCUUUUUCCUUCCUCAUUUUUCUCUUGUCCUUCCUGUUUUUCCCCUAAUUUGUUUAUUGUUAUUCUAAUUAUGUUGUUUUUGUUAUUAUUAUUAUUAUUAUUAUUGGUUAUAUACUGUCCCCAAUCUCCUUUUCCUACACCAUGGACUGUGUCUACCCCUUGCUAAUUUAAAGUCAUCAGGUUGGAAGACAAGGCCAUGAUAGCUAUAGAGAAAGGUUUCAAUUUUUUGUUUACCUUUCUCUUCGAGAAACUCAAUGCGAAUCCCACUUUCUAGCUUUAAGUUGUUUGCUGUUCCUGUCUAUUUCAGCUCAGGACUGGAGAGUCCACACAGUUGAGUAGAAGGAGUCUAAAACACUGCUUGGCAGCCAUGAAUUUGCAGGUUUUACUCAAUGGUGCUAAUUCUGUCCUCCGAGCUCGUCCCUGACCCUUUGUCCCAUCAAUCCUUACUUCUUCUGACAAUCCUCAUUCCCCAUCAAGGAUAAGAUGGAUGCUGGUUCAGGAGAGCGACAAUAAAAUCUUAGUGGAAUUAGAGACUGGAUUGGGUUGAGUAGAACAUUGUGGAGAAGUGAAUAUAAAUCGGUGUGAAAUACGGUAUAUAUUGCUGUGUCAUGUAAGCUCUCAUUGGCUUAUUCCUAGCCCAUUCUCUAAGGAAAUUGGAUUGGCCUUGGCUUGAACUCUUCUUCUAUGGUUGUACAUGAGGACAACUAUUCAGCAUAGGCUCAGCUUCUUGGAGAUGAUUUCAACUUAGUCAUCUUGGCUUUUUAAAAAUAAUUCUCUGAAAAUUAACGAUGGCUCUGACUUUCAUAGGUUGCCUUCAUUACCUUUUCCCAUGGAGUAAAUAUCAUUUUGAGCUCUAGUUGUUUGCCCUAAUAUUUAAACUAUCUUGUUUUCUUCCUUCAUUUCCUGGGAGUCUCAAGAAAGAAAAAGUAAGGCAUUCAUACUGUGGGUUUCAUUAUGUCCUCGUUAUGAUAUGGGAAUCUCUUUCCCGCAUAAUAGCAGAAUCACACUUAUAGAAUUGGUAGUGGAGGAUGGGGAGAGGAAAAAGGAGCUGGCAUAGAUUUGGAUAGGGAAUAUUUCAUUUAUUUAAUAUAUAUAUAGGAAGAUGCUACUCUUGAAAUACAGAUCAUCAGGGCUAAAGCUUUUGCAAUUAGGCUCUUGACAGGUGGAGGAAAUUGGGAGAAGAGAGAAAAUGAUCUAGAAGAAAGAGUUCAGUGAGGACCAAGAGCAACUUCCAGAAGAAGUUACAGGGAUAACUUGUCUCCUUCAACAAGGGAUGGCCAUGAUUUAUUGCUGCAAAGUUCGUAGUAUAUAUAUAAUAUAACUUGUUGCAUUUGAGUUAGGAGAGGGAAGAACAAUUUUACUUCUAUUUUUAUUUCACUGAAUUUUCCCUUUCUGAAAGCUGCAGGACA